UAUUUCAAUUUUUUAUUUAAUAUACAUUAUCUUCAUAAUUUAAAUGAUCAUAUGAAUGAAUAUUUUAUAUUGAAAAAGAAAAGAAAUAAAACUAAAGGAUUUUUUUCUAUAUCUUUAAAUUUAAAAGAACGAUUAUUAGGAAGAAGUAAGAAUAAUAAAUAUGAUAAAGAUAAAAAAUAUAAUAAUAUGAAACAACCAUGUGAUGUUCAUAUGAAUGAUAAUGAUUUAUGUGAUUCUAUUAACAAAGAGAAACAAAAUGGACAAAGUAAAGAAAAUAUUAAAAGUAAAGAAAAUAUUAAAAGUAUAGAAAAUAUUAAAUGUAUUAAAAAUAUGACCAAUACACCUAAUUGUAAUUUUAAAAAAAUAUCUGAUUCUACUAUAAAAGAUGAAGAUAUUCUUUAUUUCUUAUUUAUUAAUUAUAAUUAUUGUAUAUUAAAUUA